AAGUCGCCGGGGUAGUUAGCCGACAGAAGGAGGAGUCUGUGGCAGUCUGAGGGUAACAUCAUGUAGCCUAACUCACACUGUGUGACUUCAAAUGUAAAGACCUGUUUUUUUUUUCUUUCCUCUUCUUUACUAAAAGUCAUUUUUCUGAUAUUAAAGCGACACCAUGUUCCUGCGCGGAUCAAAGAAGCGACGGUCCAACCGCUCGCAGGAGGAAGAGGAUCCAGACAGAGGGCAGCCCUGCAUGCGCUGUGGAGAUCAGUGCCCUGGCUUCCGCGUCCAUGGCUGGAGGAAGAUCUGUGUACACUGCAAGUGUGUGCGAGAGGAGCAUGCCGUUCGCUCAGUGCCGGGCCAACUGGAAAAGAUGAUGACGAAGCUGGUGUCAGACUUCCAGAGACACUCCAUCUCUGAUGACGACUCGGGCUGCGCCUCAGAGGAGUACGCAUGGGUCCCACCUGGACUCAAGCCUGAACAGGUUUACCAGUACUUCAGCUGCCUGCCUGAGGACAGAGUGCCUUAUGUGAACAGCCUAGGAGAGAGAUAUCGGAUCAAACAGCUGCUGCACCAGCUCCCAGCCCACGACAGCGAGCCUCAGUACUGUAACUCUCUGGAGGACGAGGAGAAGAAGGAGUUGCGUUUGUUCAGUCAGCAGAGGAAAAGAGAUAACUUAGGCCGAGGCGUCGUCAGACUCUUCCCUGUGACUAUGACUGGAGCCAUCUGCAAGCAGUGCGGCAGGCAGAUCUGCGGUGGAGACAUAGCAGUGUUUGCCAGUCGUGCGGGACACGGCAGCUGCUGGCAUCCGCAGUGUUUCAAGUGCGCCUCCUGCAGCGAGCUGCUCGUCGAUCUGAUUUACUUCUACCAGGACGGACAGAUCUACUGCGGCCGGCACCACGCUGAGAGGCUCAAACCGCGCUGUCAGGCCUGUGACGAGAUUAUUCUGGCGGAUGAAUGUACGGAGGCAGAGGGGAGAUACUGGCACAUGAAGCAUUUCUGCUGCUUUGAGUGCGAGGCUGCGCUGGGCGGUCAGCGUUACAUCAUGAAGGAGAGUCGACCGUACUGCUGCACUUGCUACGAGUCCAUGUACGCCGAGUACUGCGACACCUGUGGAGAACACAUAGGUAUAGAUCAGGGUCAGAUGACCUACGAGGGUCAGCACUGGCAUGCUGUGGAGACGUGUUUCUGCUGCGCCCGCUGUCGGCUCCCUCUGCUGGGACGUCCAUUCCUCCCUCGAGCCGGACUCAUCUACUGCUCCAGACCCUGCUCUCUGGGCGAAGACCCCAACAACUCUGACUCAUGUGACUCGGCGCUGCAGGGCAGAACGCCUCAGCACAGGCGUGGUGGGACGGCAGACAAACAGCAGCAGCAGCCACAGUGUGGUUCCCCGCUGCAGCCACUAGAGGGCAUCAAACCUCCUAUUACUCCUGCAAGAGACUACGUCAACACUGCAGUGGAAAACAGAGGUGUUCACUGUACAGCUCCAGUGCAAAAUGGACUCCCUUCACUAAAUACUCAUACUCAUCCCAGAGGCUCGUACUCCCCUCUUCCUCACAUUCAUCUAGGAAAUGGCUUAGGUCCAUCCUGGCCCAGUGAUCUUCCUCAUUACAGUUUACUGCCAGCAGACUGUGCCAUCAAACCUCCUGUAGCUGGUCUACAGUUCCAGGGACAGCUUAAUGGAAAUACUGGACUAACUGGUCUUAAUUCAAGAGGAACCUCCACGGCCAAGGACUGCAGGAACUGGGUGGAAAAGACAAAUCAAGUUAUGCAAGUGUUUCCUCCUCAGAUAAAAUCUCACGUCAACCACCUCAUCUCACCUGACUCGCCUCCUCCCCUGCCCAACCCCUCCAUCCUCCCGCCUCCUCUUCCCAUUAAAUCUAAAGACUUGAUGGCACCGGAGCUGCCACCCCAAGACCUCACCCCACCAGAGGACAGACCCUCAGACUCCCCGCCCCCACUGACCCGCAGCAGCACAGCCAGGGUCAGCUUCAGAGAACCGAUCAGCAGCAGCUACUCUGUGGACGAGGAUGAAGAUGAGAACGAGGAGGAACUGCAAGAGGGAGAGGAAAUCCAGCAAGAGGAAGAGGAGGUGGAAGAAGGCUUCGGGAGCAGGUUGAAUCUACAGAAAGGCAUCCCACCACAGAUGGAUCUACUGGACGGAUCCUCCUAUCAGCAGCGGAGUCUGAGGCGAGGCUGGAACCGAUCCCGUGUCCCUUCCGACCCAGCUCUCCACCCUGGAACAGAGAGGCGCUGCAGGCGCUCCCGUCCAGACCGACCUCGGCUCGAGACCCUGGACUGGAGAAGUGAGAGGGACAGAGACAACCGGAGCCCCACCUCUCUGACCCUCCAACAAGGCCAGUACAAACACGGAGACGCCUGCUCGACCUGCUCCUCGUCCUCAGACUCAGAGGAAGAGGGCUUCUUCCUGGGACAGCCGAUACCUCUGCCCCCGCAGCUUCGAAAGCAGGAACCGGAGGAGGGCAGAGGGAGAGGAGAGGAGAGGGAGGUGCAGAGAGACUCGAGCCUGAGAGGAAGCUUCAGGCGGAGACGAGCCCACAGUCUGGGUGCAAAGGACAAAGAUAAAAACUGUGCUAUCUCUUAACCCUGACACAAACAUCAAUACGCAGCAUGUUGUUUUCUAAACGAUGGUGCACAAGAGGAGCUAAUGGCCCUCAUUACUCUGGUGCUCAGGCUCUUUAUCAGUUUUAUGAUGUGGUGAAUGAAACACUCACAUGCAGACUCACAAAGCUGCUGCCCCUGACUCACCGCUCAGCAAAGGGAAGCACAAUAAACCUCAGACCUGUACGGUGCCGACUUCUCAUUGAAACGUCGCAGUGUACAACAAAGGGUGAUGAAUGUGGAGUGAGUACUGGUGAUGUUUGAUUAUAAGUGAGAGUGAAAGCAAACUGCACUGUAAUCUUACAGUUCCUAUCAUCAAACAAGAUUCACGUAUGCAAACUCUGAGCAGCAAAGAUGACCAGGAACAGACAGCACAUCUUAUCUUAUUUAAAUCUCUACUGUAACCACAUUUCUGUGCUCUUAAUGUGCAAUUUAUAUACAACUGUAAUACUUUACAGUUAUGAACACUACAUGGCCAAAUGUAACUACAUGGCGUGACAAGUUUCUAGCACAUUGUGAUAGUUUUAUAUGUUGAAAAUCAAAAAAAGACAAGUGUUGUUGUAAAGUCUGAACAAAAACUGCAAAAUUUGUAUUCAUGUAUGUCUUAAAAAAGAACAAAAAACACUUGUUUGACUUUAAGAUCAUUUAUUUUUAUAUAUUUGGUGGAGGGUGAUUUCCUUUUUGUAGUCUGGGUAAAAGGAUUGGAUUAUAAUGACUGCUUCUGUUCUUUUUGAGUAAGUGGCAAAGUUUUAUUGUGUUAUUAAAUGUGUCUUAAUUAUU